ACGCAAUGUCUUGAUUUCAAUUUUCAAAUUGUCUUUUGUUUUCCUCGUUUCUUUAUGGCAGAGUCAUCAAAACGUAGCAUUGACCUCUACAAAGAUCUUGCGUCUUCUACAAAGAACCACCGACUCAGGCUUUCAAGCACAUCCCCUUUCACGCCUACUUUUGUCACUUCCAGUGUAUCGCAAUCUUCACAUCCAGCCGACAUAUAUGCCACCAGGGUACACGGACGUAAGGUGGUACUUGCAAAUCCAGUCAAGGAAAGCCGGGAAAAGAAAGAAGGUAUCGAGCGAAAGGCGAAACGUAAGGCUCACAAGGAACAAAAACGCCUUGGCCUGGUCGGAAAACGGGAAGCAAGAGAGAAAGCUGUGUGGAAGCUUGACGAGCAUCAGGCAAAAUUCAACAUUUUCUUGCCAUUGCAUCAUCUCUGGAUGGGAUACAUGUCAGAACUUCUUGGGCUUAACCAAAGAUCGACAUCUUCUUGUAUUCCCACAACGAAAGACAUGCCGUCGACCGGAUCCAUGCAUGCUAAACUUCUGAAGGCAGAUUUGAAUGGGUCUCUUAUAUCAGUGCGACGUAGCAAGAAUCCAUCCUUGCUCGCCUUAUCGGGUAUUGUAAUUCACGAAUCCGAAAAUGCCUUCAAAGUCAUCACCAAAGAAGACCAAGUAAAACUCAUACCGAAAGCGAAUGCAGUCUUUGUCCUUGCAGUUCCUCUAUUUUCUACACACCCGUUGAAUUAUGACCCCUCUGCGCCACUCAUUAUUCCUUCAACAGAGGAGUCGAAAGACACAGUGUUGGAUCGACCACACAUCGAGUUUGAACUUUACGGGAACCAGUUCAGAUUCCGUUCUGCUGAUCGUGCGGGUCGCAAGUUCAAGCACAAAGAGACCAUAGAGCUCUAGCUCUGGCGUCCGACGACAGUGUAUCGUCACUACCAACAGGAGCCCACGGACAGUACUGUAUCCAUUACAAGUUCAAGAGCAUCGAAUCUCUUGACCUCUUUGACCGUCACCGUAAGCUUUGAAGAAAGGACUUCAUUGUCGAGGUUGUAGUUGCUUUACAUGGUUUGGCUGCCAGUGGGUUCUAGGGUCUCUCAGGCCUUAGAUGCGGUGAGAAACUCUUCGUUUAUGAGUAGGUUCAGCAGGCGAUGGAUCAGGAUUACUUAUUUGCAGAUCAUAAUUAGAACGAAAUUGUUGAUUAGCGUAACGAGAAGUCAAGCUAGUCAAGCCCCUAUGGAAGACGGCGCUGCCAAGCAUGCAUAAACACUACU